AUGACCGACGUCGCGGAGCUCGCCGAGGGCGUGCAGGCGAUCAACCUUGAUGUCACGAAGCUCACACCGCUGAGUCCCGAGGUCAUUCGGAACCAGGCGACGAUCAACAUCGGUACGAUUGGUCACGUAGCGCACGGCAAGUCGACCGUGGUCAAGGCCAUCUCGGGUGUGCAGACGGUUCGUUUCAAGAACGAGCUGGUGCGCAACAUUACCAUCAAGCUUGGUUACGCGAAUGCCAAGAUCUUCAAGUGUGAGAACCCCAAGUGCUUGCGGCCGCAGUGCUACCAGAGCUACCCCUCGUCGAAGGAGGACCACCCCCCCUGCCCCAACCCCGGCUGCGGCCACAAGAUGGACCUAGUGCGCCACGUCUCGUUCGUCGACUGCCCUGGUCACGACAUUCUCAUGGCGACCAUGCUUAACGGUGCGGCGGUCAUGGAUGCCGCGCUCCUGCUCAUUGCCGGCAACGAGCCGUGCCCGCAGCCCCAGACGAGUGAGCACUUGGCUGCGGUCGAGAUCAUGAAGCUGCAGCACAUCAUCAUCCUCCAGAACAAGGUCGACCUGAUCCGCGAGCAGGCCGCCGAGGAGCACUGGCAGAGCAUUGUGUCGUUCGUCAAGGGUACCGUCGCCGACGGCGCGCCGAUCGUGCCCAUCUCGGCGCAGCUCAGGUACAACAUUGACGCGGUGAACGAGAACAUUGUCAAAAAGGUGCCGGUGCCGGUGCGCGACUUUACCGCGACGCCCCGCCUGAUUGUCAUCCGCUCUUUCGACGUGAACAAGCCGGGUGCGGAGAUUGACGAGCUCAAGGGCGGUGUCGCCGGUGGCUCGAUUCUCUCGGGUGUCCUGCGCCUCGGCCAGGAGAUCGAGGUGCGCCCGGGUAUUGUGACCAAGGACGGCGAGGGCAAGAUCCACUGCCGCCCGAUCUACUCGCGCAUCGUCUCGCUCCUUGCCGAGCAGAACAAGCUCGAGUUUGCCGUGCCCGGUGGCCUCAUCGGUGUCGGUACCAAGAUCGACCCGACGCUCUGCCGUGCCGACCGUCUCGUGGGCCAGGUGCUCGGCGAGGUCGGCAAGCUCCCUGCGAUCUACACGGAGCUCGAAAUCAACUACUUCCUCUUGCGCCGCCUCCUCGGUGUCAAGUCGGACGACAAAAAGCAGACCAAGGUCCAAAAGCUCGCCAAGAACGAGGUGCUGAUGGUCAACAUCGGCUCCACCUCGACCGGCGGCCGUGUGAUGAGCGUCAAGGCCGACCUGGCCAAGAUUUUCCUUACCUCCCCGGCCUGUACCGAGGUCGGCGAAAAGAUUGCGCUCAGCCGGCGAAUCGACAAGCACUGGCGCUUGGUCGGCUGGGGCUCGGUCCGCCGCGGUACGCAGCUCGAGGUCGACACCCAUUAG